AGCCUUUUUCUCCCGGGAAGUAAACAAGGUCCAUCGAUGGCGGCGCCGUGUCGUCCUCUCGCCGUCUCCCUCCUCCACCUCGUCAUCCUCCUGCCCUCCUCUCCAGUUUCCGAAGGCCUCUAUCUAGGGCAGUGGAGGACGCUCGUCUCCCUCUCCCAUUCACUCCUCAGCCGCGUCUCUAACGCUCGCGCCGCGCGGGGCGAUCUCGCUGGCGCCGAACGCGCUCGUAGGAUUGCUGACAAACUCCGGCUCUUAGGAGGUUCUGGAGGAGGUAUCUGGUCGUUGGGAUGGGACUUCGCCUGGAACUACGCUUGGCGAGGCGUAGGGAUCCCGACGGCUGAGGUCUCCCGCGCCGCUGCACGGCUGAUGGAGGCUCUGGCAGAGGCGAGCAGGAUUGAGUCUGGAGCCGAGAGGGCGAGGUGGGCGCUUCGCAAUUAUCGGGAGCUCGUCGGACUUGCUGACCCUUUGUUCAAAAGCCUACUUCGAACCUUCUCCAGAUCAGGGCCAUUGAGGGAGAUGGUCUUGAUACUGCAGAAGGAGGCUGCGGAGGGGGAGCUUCUGAAGGAUUGUUUGGAAAUUGGUGCUGCAGAUCUCGAAGGCUUACUUCGAAUAGCCAAGGAUCUUCUGUUCUCCUCCUCCUCCAAUUUGAGUGAAGCAGAGCUUUAGAAUCAAGUACAUUCAAGGCGCAGUAAUUUGACUUCUCCCUUCAGUUGUACUUUGAGUACACAAAACAUUUGUGCUAAGAAGUUUUGGCAUUGCAUAGGACUGCAUAGUAUACUGAUGACUAUGAUCAAUUUGCUUAUAAAGUUGGGAAUUUUCAAUA